AUGUCGUCGUCGUCAUUGCCGUCGACGGAGCGAUUGUCGAGAUUGAUGGCGUCGAAACAUCGCCGACGCGAGAGCAGCGGAAGUGCGCCGAAAUCGGAUGCAAAUGCGGCGGCGGGCGUCGGCGAAUGGGCGGCGCGAGUUGGCGGCCAACGCGAGAACCGGCGUGUUUCAUUUCCGAGUAUUUGUUCGUUGAGCCCGACGGCGACCGUCACCAUCACCAUCAGCUCGCUGACACCGCUGCCGGCGUCGUCGUCAUCGUCAUCAGCGGAGAUGCCGAGCGACACGAAAUCGAUUGGAUCGGAAACGUCGUCGACGACGGCCACCGCCUCAAAUUUGUCGGGAUGGCUGACGCGAAAACUCAAAGCGCUUCAGGACGAUGGCAAAGUGAUGGGCAUUCUGACGAGGACGCUAUCGCGAGCCACCAGUCGGAAGAGCAAGCCGAUUCGUGCGAUCGCGACGAAUCGCCAACGCGCGCCGAUUCGCUGUUCGUCGGAAUCGGGCCUUUUCGAGAUAUUCAAGAAGAUCGCCGUCCAGAGUUCGUAUCGAGAGGAAUGCCGAUCGAUUAUUGAUCGAUACGGUCUGAUUGUCGACAACGCCAAUGACGAGGUUCUCAUGCGGAUUGUUGAAGGCGCCGGAAUGCUUGAAGAGGAUUUGUGUCUUGUCUCGCCGAGUGUUUGGCAGAAUCUCGCGAAAUCGCAGCCGCCGCCGCCGCAAAAUGAUAAUAUUGAUUUCAUCGAUGCCGAAGAUGAAUCAAGCAUGUGCCUUCCCGACCAUAUUUCCCGCCUGAACUCGCCGUCGUCGGAUUCUUCGGAAUUGAUCGCGACUAUUCCGUCGUCGAGUUGCACACUUCAGUCGCAGCUCGACAAAAUCUAUGGAAAAUAUGAUUUGUUUGCGAAAGAAGAAUAUCAAUCGUGGCACGAGAAAUAUCGGCAUAGUACGUUGUCGACGAAGCAGGUCAAAAAGCAGGAUGCCAUUUAUGAAUUGUACUUGAUGGAAAAACGUCAUUGCGCGAACAUUGCAUUUCUGCUUCAUGGAUACCGAAAACGGUUGAUCGAGGAGAAUGUGGUCAGCAAGCAGGAGAUUGAUAUAUUGAUACCCGAUGUUCUCGAUCCGCUCCUCAUAUUCCAUUUGAAUCUGCUCGAGCAGAUCACCGAGCGAAUGAAGCUGAAUAUUGAAGUGGACACGAUUUCGGAUAUCAUUUGCGAGGAGCUCGACAUUGACGCUGGACGACACACGAAGCUCUGCUGCGACGCUUACACCGAUUUCGGUGUCGCCAAAGAGCGAUCCGAUCAGCUUUAUCAUCAUCUGAUGAGCAAAAGCUCGAAGUUUGCCGAAUUUUUUAGGCGAACCUAUGCGGACGAGCCGUUGUACAAAAUUUAUGACUUCAAGCCGAUGCUCACGAAGAUCAUUGGACGAGCCACGAAGUAUUCGUUGCUUCUCGAGACGAUCCUCAAGAAUGAGCAGCCAUUCAGCGCUCAACACGAUAUGACGGUUAAGGCGCUCGAUACUGCUCGCCGAUUCGCGCACAAAAUCGAUGAGAACCUGCAGAUUGCGCACAUGUCUCGACGAUGGGACGAGAUUCGCGUUCAGAUUGAACCGUCGUCGCACACCAAUUUGUAUGUCGCCGAUCCGCUGAUGCCCCAUCAACUCAUUCAACAUCAUUUUGAUAUUGAGUCGAUCAACGCGGUGCCGAAUCGCCGACUCGUCCACAUCGGCGAAGCUUUCAUUAAGCAGCCGAAUGUGUCGAAUGGGACCCACUCGUCGGGAAAAUCGGACAUGAUUCCGAUCACGCUUGUCCUGUUCGAUGACAUCAUCGUGAUCCUCUACCGAAAGGGCAAUCGAUUGCACUUUGUCCAGGACCAGGGUGUGCUUCCCGUCAAAUCGUUGCUCACGCGGCCGUCGGCGCGCGGCAACUCGAUAAUGCUGAUAUCCGGCGGCAAACCGGUGCUGUUCGAGAUCUCGUUCUCGUCGUCGUCGGAACGCAAAAAAUGGGUGCUGUUUCUGGAGGAGGCGCCCAAAAAGGUGCCGCCCGAAGGUGUUCGAUUGUCGCAGACGAACGAGGAGGAGCUCAUCAAACAGAGAUCGAUUAUGCAGUUUGAGAAUGAGAAUCGUUGGUUGGCGCGACUUGAGGAGCUGUUCAAAUCUCGAAUUUCGGAAGAGGAGACGUUGAGCAACUACCUCGAGACGCGACUUCAAUUCUUCGAUCAGGUUCGAGCCCACAUGGCCGAGAUGCCGUUCAAAUCGCGCCACGACAUUUCGGAUCGAAUUCGCGAGGCGGUGCGCGCGCGAUUCCGCGAGUUGCGACGCGCGCGAACGAUGCCGCUGAAUCGGCUGAUUGAUCGGAUGAGCGAAUCGCGCGACUCCGACUUGUGGUCGUUUUUUGAUGACAAAGCGGAUGCGGCCGACAUACUCGAACGAUCCAGUGAGAUGUCGGACGACUCGUCGAGUUCCGGCGAAUCGGCGGCGGUCGGAGCGGCGCGAUCCAAACCGCGACGCAUUCAGACGUUUCAUGGAACUUCGCAGGAAGGAGGCGUUGCCGAUCCGAAGAACAACAUUCGACGACAUACCACUGUUCCCCGAAUGAAUAGCGAUGCUGGAUCGACGACUACCGAUCGGGCGACGAUCGACGAUGAUGAUGACGAUGGUCCGUCGAGAGGACGCGGCGAAUCGCAAAUUGAUCGGAAACAGUAUGAGGAGAUGAUGGCCAAAUUGCCGUUGCGACAGAGCUUGAAAGCUCGUCGAUCAUCGACGAAAUUGAUCAAGGAGGUGAUCGCGUUGCGCAAAGAGAAUCAUCUACUUCGAAGCGACAACGCGUUGACGAAAUCGCGAUGUGCGCUUCUCGAACGAUCGCGAGGCUCGCCGGCUGUCGGCGGUUCGCUGAGCUCGACGGCGUCGACGGUCGAUGAGUCGAUGGAGAUGUUGAGGAAGAAGGAGAAGGAGAUUCGAGAGCUUCAGCGUCGAUUGGCCCUUGAGAAUGAUGAGAUGAUCGAGAGGAGAAAGGUAUUAGAGGCUCAGGAGCUUGAGAUCCAAUCGAAAUGGGCGGCACUUAAUCAGCGGACGAAUGAAACGACGCCGAAUAUUCGAUCGCACGUGACGUCGCCAUCAUAUCGAUCGGGUCAAACUCCAACAUUCCAAAGCACUGAAUGGUCGCCAGUUUUGACAAGUCUUGCCGUGAAAACCGAAACCAAGAAAACGAAAAAGAAUUGA